UUAUUUAUGAUAUCGAGGUUCGUUCGCAGUAAAAUCCCAUUUUGUUUCCGGAGCAUCGAUCGAAAGCUGUCCACUUAUCUCAGGUGCUGCCACCCAGUAUAUUAUUUAAUGUUUUAAAUUUUAAACACGGAGAUAUAAACCUCAGGGAGAAAAAUAAAUCCCGGAAAAAGAAAUGCAUUUUGUAGCGAUUUGGUUCUUUGUGAUGUUAGAACUAAUGUCCACACACAUAUGCAACAGUAAGCUGACUACUGGGUUAAAAGAUUUGCUUUAUGAGAAAUUUACUGUAGAAGGAUACGACAAACGAAUCCGACCCGUCCUGCACCAGGGACUGACGCUGGAUCUAGAUAUAAGUCUCCGAUUUUCUGGCAUCAACUCCUUGGACGAAGUCAAGGGUGUUUUCACGACAUCUGGAUUUUUAGCUUUGGAAUGGUAUGACAGUUAUUUAUCUUGGGAUCCAGAGUUAUAUGAAAAUAUCACUGAGAUGUAUUUACCACAAAACGAAAUUUGGAAACCAGAUUUGGUGCUAAAAAACGGAUUCAAAUCGUUCAGCGAAAUGGGAGGACCAUUCUAUUACGUAAUUGUAGAACAUACUGGACUAGUUCUUUGGUGGCCAUUUCAUGUGUUUGAGACCAAAUGUCUCAUUGAUAUCACAUACUUUCCUUUCGACAGACAAACUUGUAAUAUAACACUGACAAUUUGGACACAUUCUAUCUACGAAGUCAACAUAUCUGAUAGCUACGAUGGACUGGACUUUUACGAGUAUAUCCCAAAUAGUGUUUGGGCGAUAGACUCCUCGUCCCACCAUGUCAAUACCGGUUCUGGAGAGUCGGAAGUGACGUUUACCUUCAACCUCAGUAGAAAACCUGGAUUUUACAUUCUCAAUCUGAUACUACCCAUUCUUUUUCUUGGUAAACUCAACCUCGUUGUAUUCUUGAUACCAACACAAAGCGAAGAGAAGGUUGCGUUCUCAGUUACUAUUUUCUUGUCAUUCGCCGUUUUCCUUAAUGUUCUUGACUCCUCACUUCCAAAAAAUUCAGACAGCACAUCUUUGCUCUGUUUGUAUCUUGUUUUAGAAUUAACCAUUGGCGUGGUCAUUCUCGUAAUAACAGCCAUACAAGUUCGAUUUUGUCAUAGAAACCCGUCUAUUCCCUUUAAUAGUUUUCAUCGUAAGUUAUUAAGGCUAUCAAGAUGGUUCAAAUGUUGCAAAGGUCAUAGUAUCGACAAUGAAAAUGAAGUAACCAAGUUGGAGAACAUUAAGAACCCGGAAGGCGCAAUUGAACCAAUAUCUUCACCGGAAACCGACUGGACCGCUCUGUGCACCGCCAUUGACAUCCUGGCUUUCCAAACAUUGCUUGUUAUUCAGCUGCUUAUCGUGGCCAUUCUUGGCAUUACAACCUAUGUCAAAAGAUAGCUGUUUCUGUAUUAACAACGUUUGAUUAAUAUUGGUGCACCCGCGAACGGGUUAUCAAUUUUAUCGAAAAUUUUCAGUAAAUAUAAAUUACUUAUAAUAACAUUAUUAUCAAUUGUGAAACCUUUUAACAUAAUUAUGCAUGAAAUAUAAUACAAAUUGUAUCAUGAACUGCAUUUGAUCUUUAAUGUUAUCCAAAAAAAAAAAAAAAGAUAAAAUAAUGAAAUGUUACUUCCCGGGCAACAUCA